AUGGAGGCAGAACCAUCGAUUCCUUCGGAUUCACUCCGGGCUCAAAUUUCCAAAUUUACUACCAUGGUCACUGAAACGUACAAAAGAAACCCAAUCCAUUAUUGGAUUCUUCUUGUUCUCAGCAUCUUUGCAAUGCUUGUGGCAUUUCCUGCUUCCAGCAUUCUGUCUCGUGUUUAUUAUGAUAAUGGUGGCCAGAGCAAGUGGAUCAUAUCUUGGGUGGCUGUUGCUGGUUGGCCCCUAACUGCCUUAAUACUGUUUCCUGCAUACUUCUUUAGUAAAACCUUUCCUACCCAUCUGAACCUUAAAUUGACUCUAUCUUAUAUCAUUUUGGGUUUCUUAAGUGCUGCUGACAACCUCAUGUAUGCUUAUGCCUAUGCUUACCUCCCUGCAUCUACUGCCUCACUCGUGGCUUCAUCAUCCCUAGUGUUUUCUGCACUAUUUGGAUACUUUCUUGUGAAGAACAAAGUGAAUGGUUCAAUAAUAAAUGCUAUUUUUGUCAUAACUGUUGCGUUGACUAUCAUUGCCUUGGACUCAAGUUCAGACAGAUAUGCCAAUAUUACUGACAGUGAAUACAUCAUGGGAUUUGUAUGGGAUAUUCUGGGAUCUGCUCUUCAUGGGCUUAUUUUUGCACUCUCAGAGCUGGUUUUCGUAAGGCUUCUGGGAAGAAGAUCCUUCAUUGUGGUUUUGGAACAGCAAGUCAUGGUUUCUCUAUUUGCAUUUCUGUUUACCACUGUAGGGGUAAUUGUGAGUGGUGAUUUCCAGGGAAUGGCACACGAGGCUACCACUUUCAAAGGUGGUAGAACUGCUUAUUAUCUUGUUGUUAUUUGGGGUGCUAUCACUUUUCAGUUCGGGGUCUUAGGGGGUACUGCUGUAAUUUUCUUGGGUUCUACUGUGCUAGCAGGUGUACUUAAUGCAGUAAGAACACCCAUAACAAGCAUUGCAGCCGUUAUACUGCUAAAUGACCCAAUGAGUGGUUUCAAGAUCCUCUCUCUAGUGAUCACCAUCUGGGGAUUUGGCUCAUAUAUUUAUGGCAGCUCUAUGGGUGAAAGAAAUCAUCAUGGGAGGGUGUAG